AGGAAGUUGGAAGGAGGGACCAAUGUGGUGGUGUGUGCGGAGCGAGAGAAGAGUCUACAGCAGACUGGAUUCACCGGACGCUUCCAGCUCUGUGAAAUCGGAGGAUCUCUUCAGUUCUGGCUUUGUCUCUGAAACAGUAAUGCGCGCACAGGGACGCAAGACUCCAGAGGUGCUGCUUACCUGCUCAGCCACAAGUUUCUUACACGCUGUCGUUUGAAGAAAGCCACACACACACACACACACACACACCUAUGCUGUCAAUGUCAGCACAGGUAGCGAAGAGGAUCCCGGAAGAACUCGUAGUGCAGGUUACCAGGUCGUUUGCUUAGCCUGCACUCCUUUUCCAAAGCGAGCGACCGCCGAUGGACUUGUUUAUCUUGUUGAAAAAGUAGUUAUUCUCUCUUAUACUAUUGACUUUCAACUAAAUGAACGGAAAGAAGAUGAAGGAUCUGAGGAAGAAGAAGUUGUACGUGGUGAUGGACGUGCUGUGCGUUUUAGUUGCGGCACUGCCCUUCAUCAUUAUGACCAUCGUGUACAAGCCAUAUCAAAGAGGUGUUUACUGUGACGAUGAGAGCAUCAUGUACCCUCUAAAGCCAGACACCAUCACUCAUGGCAUGCUGGCAGCCGUCACCAUCUCCUGCACUGUCAUCAUUAUCUCCUCUGGAGAGGCUUAUCUGGUUUACAGCAAGAGGAUUUACUCUAAUUCAGACUUCAACCAGUAUGUAGCUGCACUCUACAAGGUAGUGGGCACCUUCUUGUUUGGAGCAUCUGUCAGCCAGUCGCUGACCGACCUUGCCAAGUACACUAUCGGCCGCCCGAGGCCUAACUUCAUGGCUGUAUGUACCCCUAAGAUCUGCAUGGGAUACAUGCAGGUGAUCAACUGCACUGGCAACGCACAAGACGUCACAGAGUCCAGAUUGUCCUUCUACUCUGGUCACUCCUCUUUUGGAAUGUACUGCAUGCUCUUCCUCGCACUUUACGUGCAGGCGAGACUCGUGGCUAAGUGGGCCAGACUUCUCCGGCCCACCAUCCAGUUCUUCCUGGUGGCCUUCGCGGUGUAUGUGGGUUACACCCGAGUCUCUGAUUACAAGCACCACUGGAGCGACGUGUUGGUGGGGCUGCUGCAGGGAGCGCUUGUUGCUGUACUCAACGUGCGCUUUGUGUCGGACUUCUUUAAGAAGCGUCCUGCACGUUGCACUAGCCAAGACACGGCUGAUAGCGAUGAGCCAGAGAGGAAACCCAGCCUGCAGAUCGCAGAUUCCGAUCACACCAACCAUUACAACUAUCACCACAGUCCUGGCCCUGUGUGAUAGUGGGACUGACGCUGGGGAACAAAGGCUGCAGCCUGCAGACCCCAAACCUGUGUGAUAGGGUCCAAUCCAGGGGCUUCAACCUUGAUUGUGCAGUUGACAGUGUUUAGUUUAGGGAAUAACCUGAGUCACCUGCGGACUCUGUAGGCUGCUUACUGCAGGCUCCUGAUGCCAUGUGAGACAUUCUAUGAAAUGUAAAAUUUUGGAGUGUCUAUAUAAGGGCUGGUUGCAGACCAGCCCUUAUAUGUAUUUCUUUUUGAAAGGAGUAGGGAGUUAGGCAUGUAGUCUGUAGCUUGCAGCCUCCAAGCCCCCAGCUCCCUCCCUUUGUGCAAACCACUCAUCCCCCACCUGCUCCCCAACCACUGGACUGACUGAGGGGGCUGCAUCCCAUUGCAGGGUCUCUGAGCCCCCUCUCAAGGACACCAUGAUGACCUCCUUUUCUCCUGUAAGAGAGAGAGGAGCAUAUUGUUUUUAAGACAUCGUUGUUGAUGUUAAAGUGUAUUUGCUUAAAGCUGCAUUGAGCGAAAAACUCCAAGCCUACAGCAGCAAAAGUGUGAUAUACCUGUUGCCUUAUUAAGUGUCUGUGGCUAAUGUUUUAGCAAACAAGUGACACAGCAGUAGCAGAGAAGCAUGGGCGUGCCAAUUACAGUCCUUUUCUGGCCCUCUGAUGAAUGUAAGUCUGAUGUUCACUCUGUUUAUGCCCAUAUUAGCCAACCAACUUGCUCUCUUUGGCUUGUUUGAAGUUUCACUUACUUUAUCAGGCACGUGUUAAAUUAAUCUCACCGCAUUGCUGGAAGUAGCUAGCUAGGAACAGCUGCCCACAGUUUUAUGUAAUGUGUCAGUAAGAGCUGUUGGAUUUUGGUGAACCAAAACAACAAUCUGGAAGUGCCUGAAAAAUGUAGUGAUCAGGGAUUGGAAGAUCUGGGUGUUGAUUCACAGAGAGAUUAGCAGUAGUCGUCUUCUCUUUUUACAAUACUAUCAAAUGUAUCGCUUAAUGGAGCUUUAAUGUGUUUUGUAUGUUUUUAAUUUCCAUAUACAGAGUUUAAUUUAGUCCAUUGUUAGUGCACCUUAAGCUGGUUACACAUUAGAAAACUGCUGCAAAUAAUAACAAAUUGUUGAAAUGGAAGUCAGUUCACAGUAGAUGAGCUAAUUUCUUUUCAUAUAUCAAGGCUCACAGGCUAAAAAUGUCAGCUGCAGGCCAUCCCAAAGCUGCUUUGAAAGGAGAUGUAUAUCAACCUGACCAACAUUCCACACUAUAAGCAGCAUUCAGAGAUAAUCCUUUGAUCUGAACUUAGCUCGCAAUACAUUCCUGCCACGUCUCCUAACUGCCACACAAACAAAGGUCUGGGUAUCCUAACAAUACCAAUACAAACAGUAAGAUGUUUUUUAAGUGACUAUUCAGGUUUGUCCUUCCUCAUGACUCACUAUUUAGACCAAGCCUGAUUCACUAGUAGCCUACCAGAGAUUUCAUCUCCCAGCAGUUAUUCUAUCCUUUAGUGACUGCUGUGCUGUAUCACUGCCCAGGUCCAGAUAAGUGUCUGACCUAUCCAGAGAGAGUCAGAUUCACCUUCAACACUAGUGAUGCUUUUUCAAAAAUGUAUAAAUUUAAUUGUGGAGUUUGUGAUUGGUUCAUGUUUCCCCUGUGUGUAAUGGACUGCAGAAGUAGAAACCAUUGAUGCAGAUAACUUUAAUUUCUGUUGGACUUCAUGUGUCAUACCACUACAUAAUACUAUACCGCCAAUCAAAUAUUAAGAAAUUUGGCCUCUGUUUUUUUGUUUGUUUUGUGUUUUGUUUAUUGUUUUUUUUCUGUUUUCUUUUCUUUUUUGUUUUUUUGUUUGUUUGUUUUCUGUCUUAUUGUGUCUGUUUUUUUAUUUCUUAAAUAAUAGUAAUCAAAGAAGGAUGAGACAACCAUUUUGAAAAUGGUGUUUAAUUUAUUUUAAGUACAAGAAGUUGUGUAUUAACUCUAAUAUGGUUGGAAUUGCCAGCGCUGUUAAGGUUUUUGUGCAAUCACCCCUGCUUGCCACUAUGAGCCACAAAUACUGUACUAUGUACUAUCUACUAAUACUAUGAGACACGUUUCAUGUUCUGUGAAGGAUGUGUACAUAUAUAUAUAUAUACUUGUUUGUUUGUUUUUUCACAUGUAGGUAAGUUUUAAUUUCACCUGUACAGUGUGCUUUGGCCUGUGCCUUCACAGACUGGUGCCUGUUUGAGUUGCCACACAAACGGAUCCAAUUCCAGGUCCAAACAUAAGCCAGAUGCCUUGGCAGGGCUUUUAAAGGGCUGUUGUAAUGAUAAAAGGUUACAUACCCAACUUUGUUUUUGAAGCUAGUAAGCUUCAUUCCCACUUCAAAGAGUAGUCUAUGUUCCUUUUCCCCUUCCUGUGUUGAUAGAUGGGGUUAAUUUGUGAAUAAGGUCUCCUGUACAGUUCUUGUACAGCAUGUAGACCCCUGGAGGACUGACAACAGAUCAGAUGGACCUCAAACUUGAUAGGGGGGAAGCAGGAAGACAGAGAGAGAAUCUCACCUGGUAGUGAUUGUGAGGCCCUGGAGCAGAGCUGGGUCUAGGGAGAGGGUUAGGAGUAGGGGUGUGGGGGUAUUCCAUGGUGAACCUUGGUCCCUGGGGACUUCUACACAUUUAAAACACAGAUUUACAACAAGAAACAGCUGGAUCUGGUUGCAGUGAAGUGCCGUGCCAUGCCUGCCCCCCCCCUCCUGCUCCCUACAUCUAAAUCAUCUGUGCGUUACUGCAGCCAGACUAAUCGCCCAAAUGAGAAUGAGGAUGUAGAAACGUCAUGGCACUUGAUUCCCCUCUAGUUAUGUGGAAACCAAGCUUCUCAGCUGGUAAUGUGGCUUCAUGUGUUUUCAUGCUUUACUGGAUUAGUGCUUUAGAAUGGGCACUGGUCAACUUGUAGCUAUGGUUAAUGUUGUGUUUGCUUUUGUUCAUAGAUUAUAUCUAUAGUCUCUAAAUCAGAGAAUUUUAAAUAAAGAUAUAAUCUGCAUUCAGUUAUAUUGUUUUGUUUUAAUAUAUAUUCAUUUAAAUCACUGAUUUUAUGACCAUCACAGUACGCCUUCUAAACUGUUGAUGCCAAGAUUUUGAACCUUAAUAUAGUUCAUAUCUACAGUACUUGAUGGGUGGUGAUGGUAAA